AUAUGGGUUGUAUUUACAAUGGUGUUUGUUCUUCACUUGUUGCCCUUUUCUUGUGGCAACAGGUCACACAUCUUGCUGCUGUGAUUGCACAUAUCUCAUUAUUCAACUUGUUUGUCAACACCAGGGUGCCCAAGGAGCAGAAGGAAGAUAUGGCACCAUUGGACAAAAGGGCAUUAUUGGAGACCCUGCUGGUUUGCCUGGGAGAGAUGGUGACAUAGGAGUAGAGAUUUAUCAAGGACCACAGGGCCCGGAGGGUAGAAACGGACAAUUCGGAAUAAUGGGGGAGAAAGGAAUGCUGGGGCCGGCAGGGGAGAUGGGGCCUCAAGGCCAAACUGGCCCCAGAGGUUAUAAGGGAUCAGCAGCAAAGCCAGGAAGACCCGGAUUUAUUGGACCCCCGGGACCUGUCGGACAUGUGGGAGUAGCUGGACAGCCAGGCCCCAAGGGAGAUACAGGCAUUCAAGGGAUCCAAGUAGUCAACGGUGCACAGGGAGAAAAGGGUGAAAAGGGCCCCAUAGGCAAGGUAAAAAAUAUACUUUACUUGCAUUGUAGUGCCAUAGUCACAUACAGUGAAAGAAAAUGGGGACGACAGAGUCAUUGCAGAAGACAUUUGUAAGAAGAAUUGUUGUUAAGUCUCCCGAGUGGU